AUGAUAAAAACAAGCCUAAGGCGAAACGCGGCUCUCAGCAAGGGAUAUAUUUGUGUAUUUAUCUGUUUUGUAACUAAAGCAGUGCACAUUGAACUGGUUGGGGAUUUAACAAGUGCAUCGUUUAUAAGUGUAUUAAAAAGAUUUUGCGAUCGAAGAGGAAAAUGCACGGAUAUUUAUUCAGACAACGCAAAAAACUUUGUUGGAGCAAAUCGUCAACUUCAAGAGUUAAGCAACUUGAUUCAUACCGAAGAACACCAAUCAAAAUUGCAGAAUGUAUUAUCUGAAUCAGGUAUCCGCUGGCACUUUAUACCACCUCGCUCCCCUCACUUCGGUGGAUUAUGGGAGUCUGCAAUAAAAUCCAUUAAACAUCAUCUAUUUCGCACUUUAGGCAACGCAAACUUCACAUACGAAGAACUUAAUAUUAUUUUAAUACGAGUGGAGGCAUGCUUAAAUUCACGACCUUUGGUUCCUUUAUCUUCCGAUCCCUCGGAUCUCACUCCUUUAACUCCUGGUCAUUUCCUUAUUGUCGACGCUUUAACCGCUUUACCCGAAACUGAUGUAUCAUUAGUACCAACCAAUCGAUUAACUAAAUGGCUCAGAGUCAUGCAGGUUUCCCAGCAAAUCUGGUCCCGUUGGAGCCGCGAGUAUCUAGCACAGCUUCAGGAGCGUAAACGGUGGUCUGUCGAUAAGGGUCCAAGGAUAAAAAAUCGGUUCUAUUGUCCUCGUGAAGGAUGA